AUGGCCGAUCAGAUAUCAAACAGCACUUCCCUCCCGGCGCUAGAAAGUUCACUACCACUUAUGAGAUCUGAAAAUCCAAAUGGUUUACCACUAGUUGGUUCGAAUGCAAGCAGUUCUGAACUGAAAGAACUCGAACAAGAAAUUAUUGACUCGCUUCCAUUUCUGAAAGAAUCUUUGCCGCUGAUUCGUGAAUCACUGCCACUGAUUCGCGAAUCUUUGCCUCUCAUUCGUCAACUGAUUGAUCCUACCUACUACAAUGGUGAUAAGACAACAUGCCAACAAAGAGCUACUUGCAAAAGCUGUCGUGAGUGUCCAAAACUACGUGAAGCUAUAGCCGCUGUUGUGGAAACGAUUUGUCCGAAUACAUGUCGUGUCUGCGCUUCAGCCAAGACAGGAAGAACAGCAGCUGCUGCUUUAGUGGAUUACUACAUAUGA